UAUAUACUAGAUUUGAUAAUGGUAAUCUCAAUAAGAGAGACAGGACAGGGAUCAUGAUCUAUGUCAUCUUAAAAGCCAUGAAUAUGAUGUAUAGGUUUCGACCAUUUCAGUGAUAAUAUUCUGCCUAAUUUUGUACAAGGAAUAAAGAAGACUUUACAAUGGCAUCUUUUUCUGUAGAUGAAGAAAACUAUGUUCGAAUGAGUUUGUUACUGACAGGAAUUUCUCCACGUGCUGUAAGAACCCUUUUUGAUUGUGAGUUUGCUCCAGCACAUUUAAAUACCUCUCUGAAGAAAGAACAUGACAAACUGUUUGAGUUGAAAAAAGAAGGUAAAAUCAACCAAUCGCAGUGGAACCUCCUGUUUCAAAGAUUUCCUGAUUCUAAAAAUUUUGAUGUGACUCUGAUGACAACAUUACUGAGGAAGUUGACUCCAAUGACUCCUCCACUUUUUGGAUUUGAUUGUUUACCAGGUGGCAUGGAAACCACACCAGCUGCAGAUUUAGCAAGACUUAAACACUACAGGAAUUACCUGGCUCAUGUGAAUGAUGGCAAAAUAGGCAUUACAUUCUUUACAAUGGCAUGGAAUGAUAUAACUAGUGCUAUUGAAAGAUUAGGUGGACAGCAAAUGAAGCAGGAGUGUGAUGAUAUGAAAACCAAACCUUUAGAUCAAACCAAACAAGAAAUAAUGAUGGACAUCAAGCAUUCUGAUAAAGAAAUACGGGAGCUGAAAGAUUCAUUUGAAAGUCUAAAGCUGUCACAUACUGAAAUCAUAAAAUCUCAUGAAUUACUACAAGAAAACCAUGCAGUCAUGACAAAAGAAAUGGAAGAAAUAAAGAUUGCUCAGAAGGAUCCUGUACCUUGGAAUAUUAGAGAUCAGAUAACAAAACAAAUAGAGGACUGGGAACAGAAAGAUAAGAUGUUUGUGUCUACAAGAGCCAAAAAAAAUAUUAUGGCAAAAACCUAUAUUGGUACAAGAGUGGACGAUCUUGAUGAAUCAUCACAAAAUAGUGAGUUCUUUCCACUUUUAUGCUCUUUAUAUGAUAGGGGGGGAAAUGGAGAUAUAAACGAAUUUUUCAAAAAUCCAUUUAAUGUCUAUCAAAAUGAACUAGACUAUUUAAGUAUGCAUGGUGAUGAAGGGAACUAUAAAAUAUGCGGUCUUGUGUUAUGUGUUCUCUUCAAUAAUCAUAUGAAAGAAAAAUGGUUCCAAGGUGAAGUUACAGAUGAACAAAGACAUAUCAUUGAAGACACAUGUGAUGCUUGUGAAAUCAACAGAAGUACAUCAAAGACAAAACUGAAGAAAGCACUAGACACCGUAGAUGGUACUUUUAUAUGUAAACAGGAGGGCAUUUAUAGUACUGUACAUGAUAAACUGUUUGACUUCCUUGCUCAUUACUUUGGUCAGAAAAUGAUUGAAUGUUUGAUAGAUCAUGGGGAUUUUCAUUUGAUACAUGAACGUUUUGUUUGGCAGAAGUCACCAGAUGACAAGAAAAGUAACAUAGACUUCAUUAUUCAAAUACAAGAUGAUUAUUUAGGAUCAUAUUUAGAAAGGUUUAUAAAAGACUGGUCAGCAGGAAACGUUACAGCUGUAUUCAAUAACAAUAAUAUGAAAGUAUCAUCAUUCAGACAAAAGUUAUUACAGUACUUAAAAAAACUAAAUAAAUCAAAACAAGUUAUAUUAGCCAAUACCAAGGAUACAGAGAUACCAAAAGAGAACCGUGGAUCAGGUAAUACUCCACUUGUAUUGAAUUGUCAUUAUGGUUAUACUGAUAUGGUACAGUGGAAGUUACAUACUGAUGUGGAUGUUGAUCAGUAUAGAAAUAAUGGGGUUGCUGGACUGGAGAGGAAUCCUAAUAUUGAUAUUUGUAACAAUGAUGGCUGUAGUCCUCUGUUAGCAGCAAGUACGAAUGGACAUGCUGAUAUAGUAAGGCUACUGUUAGAGAGGAAUCCUAAUGUUGAUCUAUGUGACAAUGUUGGCUGUAGUCCUCUGAUAUUAGCAAGUCAAAAUGGACAUACCGAGAUAUUGAGGUUGUUGUUAGAAAAGAAUCCUAAUGUAGAUCUUUGUGACAAUGAUGGCUGUAGUCCUCUGUUAUGUGCAAGUCUGCUAGGACAUAUUGAUGUAGUAAGGUUGCUGUUGGAGAGGAAUCCUAAUAUUGAUCUAUGUAACAAGGAUGGUAAUAGUCCUCUUUACGAGGCAAGUAUGCUAGGACAUACCGAUAUGGUAAGGUUACUGUUAGAGAAAAAUCCUAAUGUUGAUCUAUGUAGCAACGAUGGUGUAAGUCCUCUGUUAUUGGCAAGUCAGAAUGGACAUACUGAUAUAGUAAUGUUACUGUUGGCAAUGAAUGCUAACGUUGAUCUAUGUCACAAAGAAGGUAUUAGUCCUGUGAGUAAGGCAAGUUCUAAAGGACAUUCUGAUAUAGUAAAGUUACUGUUAGAGAAGAACCCUAAUCUUGACCUGUGUGACAAGGAAGGUUGUAGUGCCCUGUUAUUAGCAAGUACGGAUGGAUAUACUGAUAUAGUUAGGUUGCUGUUAUCGAAGAAACCUAACAUUGAUCUAUGUGACAAUGAUGGUUAUAGUCCUCUAUGCUGGGCAAGUAAUAGAGGACAUACUGAUAUUGUAAGGUUGCUGUUGGAGAAAAAUCCUAACGUUGAUUUAUCUAACAAUGAUGGAUGUAGUCCUCUGUACCAGGCAAAUCAGAAUAGACAUAUUGAGAUAGUAAGAUUACUGUUAGAGAAAAAUUCUAAUGUUGAUCUAUGUGACAAUGAUGGCUGUAGUCCUAUGUACAGGGCAAAUCCUAGCAUUGAUCUAUGUGACAAAGAUGGUAUAAGUCCUCUGUACUGGGCAAGCAAUAAAGGACAUACUGAUAUAGUAAGGUUGCUGUUAAAGAUGAAUGCUAAUGUUGAUCUGUGUAACAAUGUUGGAUGUUGUCCUCUGUAUACGGCAAGUCAGAAUGGACAUACUGAUAUAGUGAAGUUACUGUUAGAAAAGAAUCCUAAUGUUGAUUUAUGUGACAACAAUAACAUUUCUGCUCUGUUAUUAGCAAGUCAGCAAGGACAUACUGAUAUAUCAUUGUUACUGUUAGAGAAGAAUCCUAAUGUUGAUCUAUGUGACAAAGAUGGCCGUAGUCCUCUAUUAUUAGCAAGUCAGAAUGGACAUACUAAUUCAGUUAGGAUGCUGUUAGAGAAUAAUCCUAAUGUUGAUCUAUGUAACAAUGAGGGUGUUAGUCCUUUGUACAUCGCAAGUCAGCAAGGACAUACUGAUAUAGUAAGGUUACUGUUAGAAAAGAAUCUUAAUGUUGAUCUAUGCGACAAUGCCGGCUGCAGUCCUCUGUUACUAGCAAGUCAGAAUGGACAUACUGAUAUAGUAAAGAUACUGUUAGAGAAGAACCCUAAUGUUGAUCUAUGUGACAAGUAUGACACAAGUCCUCUGUUAUUAGCAAGUCAAAAUGGACAUACUGAUAUAGUAAGGUUACUGUUAGCAAUGAAUCCUAACUUUGAUCUAUGUAGCAACGAUGGUGAAAGUCCUCUGUACAGGGCAAGUUAUAAAGGAAAUACUGAUAUAGUAGAGUUAUUAUUGGAGAAGAAUCCUAAUGUUGAUCUAUGCGACAAUAAUGACAUUAGUCCUCUGUUAUUAGCAAGUCAGCAAGGAUAUACUGAUAUAACAAGGUUACUUUUAGAGAAGAAUCCUAAUGUUGAUCUAUGUGACAAAGAUGGUCGUAGUCCUCUAUUGUUAGCAAGUCAGAAUGGACAUACUGAUUUAGUUAGGAUGCUGUUAGCGAAUAAUCCUAAUGUUGAUCUAUGUAACAAUGAGGGUGUUAGUCCUUUGUACAAGGCAAGUUAUAAAGGAUAUACUGAUAUCGUAAGUUUGCUGUUAAAGAUGAAUCCUAAUGUUGAUCUGUGUAACAAUGAUGGAGAUAGUCCUCUGUAUAAGUCAAGUCAGAAUGGUCAUACUAAUAUAGUUAGGUUGCUGUUGGAAAUGAAUCCUAACGUUGAUAUAUGUAACAAUGAUGGCUGUAGUCCUCUUUACAUGGCAAGCCAGAAUGGACAUAUUGAGAUAGCAAGGUUGCUAUUAGGGAAGAAUCCUAACGUUGAUCUAUGUAACAAGGACGGCUGUAGUCCGCUGUAUAUGGCAAGUCAAAAAGGCCAUACUAAAAUAGUGAGGUUGCUGUUACAGAAGAAUCCUAACGUUGAUCUAGGUAACAAUGAUGGCUGUAGUCCGCUGUUAUUAGCAAGUCAGAAAGGACAUACUAAUAUAGUUAGGUUGUUGUUAGAGAAGAAUCCUAAUGUUGAUCUAUGUAGUAAUAAAGGAUUUACACCACUAAUCACAGCAUGUGCAAAUAACAACACCAGCAUAGUCCAGUUGUUAAUGGAGCAUAAACCAGACACUAAUGCCCAGACAUAUGAUGGUAGUAAUGCUUUAGUUUUUAGUGCAUUGAAUGAAAACAUAGAAAUAAUACAGUUACUGUUCAAGAACAAUGCUGACUGUAAUGUAUGUGCCCAUAGUAAACAGUUUAUAACUGAUACAAUUAAAGGCUGCCAAACCAAAACAUUAGAUAAGGUAAAACAGAACUGUUUUGAUAUUCUCACAAAGCAUACAUUAUCAUAUGUAACAGAUUAUGUCAGAAAGAAGUCUCUAGAUUAUGCCUUUGAUGUGGUGGCUGGUUGUUCUCCAUUACACUAUGCAUGUUUUAGGGGUAGCAUAGAUGUUGUCCGUUGUCUUCUUGACCACAAUGCUAACAUCAACAUGACAAAAGAAGAUGGAACAACACCGUUAUUUUAUGCAUGUGAAGUAGGACACGAGGGUCUUGUGUGUUUAUUGUUAGAUGAAGGAGCAGAUACAAAGAUAUAUAGGCUUGAUGGAAAGUCCCCUUUGAUAAUUGCAAAAGAUAAUGGUCAUAAAUUUAUAGUAAUGAUUGUAACAGAACACAAGAGAAAAGAAGAUAAACUUUCUUCCUAA